AUGGGUUGGAAAUUAGCACACUGAGUCAGCGGUUUUGCCGGUUUGGGGAGGGUAUAGUUAUGUGCUUGUAGAAUUUUCAUGGGUAGGUGUCCCGACGAAAAGCUGGUAUUAAAUAUCAUACAUAUGUGGGCGGAGAAAACAUCUUUGAAUAUCUAGUAGUAUAAAUUAGUUAAACAGGUAGUAUAUUAAAAAAAACAUAACUUAUAUCAUGUGGUCAGACCCUUCGUUACUUAGUUAAUAGAAGCUGCUGAGUAUUCUCUCCCCGAUCUACCGGCAAAAUCAGGUUAUAAAUCAGAUGCUGCAGAGACUGCAGCAUGUGCCAUGACUGGAUCCUUUAUAUAGAGUUAUGUAUGACAUCAUUACAAAGUUUACUUUAAAAAAAAUUAUGUACACAAUAAAUAAAAAAUAAUUUUUAGAAUAAUAAAGUAGUGAUCUCACAAAAUUAAAUGUGUAAUAAUUGGAUGGAAAAUUAAACAUGACUAUAUUAUAAAUGGGUUUUUUUUGGGUUUUUUUAAACCUUCUCUAUUUUUUCUUUGUUUUACAGCAGCUGGUCUGAACUGUUCAGGUGAGUAUAUACAAACAGUAAAUCUCUAUGUCUAUAAUUUAAAGAUUGCUAUUAUCAUGCCCACUAUCAUGUCUACAUUAUAUGUACUGUGUAUUUCAGUACAUUCCUAAAAAUGAUCUUGCUGCCAUUAACAUUUGCUUAUUCUAUGUAGUAAUCCAAAACUUGUCAAUAGGUAGAUCCGUCUAGUGAAAUGUUAAAAUGGUCCUGGAUCCAAUUCUGAAAUUUGUCUCCCCUUGCUGUGCAAUUAACUGUACUAGCAAUUUUUGUUUGUCAAUCUUUUUUUUUUUUUUUUGAUUGAGGUAAGCCAGCUGAUAUUACAGACAAUGAAUUAAAUGUAAAUGUGUUACACAAGAUUGUAAGGUAUAUUACAUACGAUAAAGAGACCUCAUUUUUUUUGUUAGAUACAACAGACAAGCUAAACUGGCAUGACUAAACUUUAAACAGAUAACAUGCUGAUAACAGGCUAGUCUGGAAUGGACAAGUAACCGUUAGAUAAACGGUAGUAGAUGUACAGCAUGUGCUCGUAGAAAAUAAAUAAUAUGAGAGCCCUUGCUUAACGUGCCAGAGAAAUAUGUAGGAAGUCUAACCAAUGGAGUAAGGCUAGGGACUAAUGAAAGUAAUUAGAAAAUUUGGCAGGCUAAAUGGGCCAAACUGUUCAUAUUUGCACAUUCUAUUUUUCUAUGUAGAUUGAAGCAGCACCAAACAGAAUAGAUGUACUAGCGAUGAAUAGGUUAAAUUAUUAUAAUUAUCCACCUGGCCGCAAAUCAGAAUUGCAAACUGGUGCAAUUGUGUGAUAUGUACUUUACUACGUCAGGCUGCGGCUAGUAAAAUAUUUCAAGGAUUAAUACAGGAUACCAGCAUCUUGUGGCGGGGUCUGUAUCAGACCCAGAAUAGCCCGCUGGAUUUACUUUUGAUGACAAUGGCUCCCAAUAUGUAUGCAAAACAAAAAUGCCAGGGAAAACCAAUGGUGCAACAGCUAAGUGCGCGAUAUUAAUUAUAUUGCACAAGUAUACAACACCUAAAUUUAAAGCAACACUCCACACCAUAAAACAUUUCAGCUUGCUAAAGUGCUCUCUGCAUAAGGAGUAUUGUUUUAUACCCAGUUUACAAAAGUGCAGGUUGCUUUGAUAAAUCUGUACUUUUAUAAAUAAAUUAUGGAACACCCACCUGGCUGUCAUUUAUACAGCCAGUUAGGUCUACUAGUGUCCUCAGCUCCUCCACAGACCUCAGAUCAGGUGCAUGUGCGCAUGUGACAGUGAACAAGUGCCUAUGAACUGGCACACAAACAGAACUGCACAGAUUCAGAGGCUUCUCAAUAAUAAGGCGUCCCUGUCUCUUAUAUUAAGAUCAGGCUGGAAUGGUCCUUUAAGAUCACCAACAAGUUGACACAACCAAUGUACUUUCCCAGCAUUCCUAGGGAUAGGACAUGGAUUGGUUAGAUCAGUAUCCACCUGCAAUGGUUGUGGAAAGCAUAAGAAAGAAGAAUUAGGUAAAUAUGGAAAAGAAAAGCCUCAAAUUUAGCUGCUUUGGAAAACAACAAUAUAUGUGAACACAACCCCAGUGAAAAUAAUAAAAUAUAGGAGCAAACCAAAACUUCCCUUAUCUUAAGGUGAAGUAUCCAGAUGAAUCCCCGAAGACUUCCUCUUGUCUUCAAUAGAUAUACACAGAAAAAUAGGGGACAAUCUGCUAAAUACAAAUAAAAAACAUAGCAUAUAACUGUGUGGAGACUGGUAUUGAUGUGUGAUCACAAAUGGUCACUCACAAUUUUGAAGAUUUAAGAUAGCCUUGAAUGAUGUCUUUAUGGAGUUAGAGCAGCUUUAAAUGGUGUUAUUCAAUAUCCAGUAUGUUGUCUCUCCUCACAUAUUCAUCAGCGAAAUAGAUAUGUGUGUCUCAAAAAGAGAAAAUGUACAAAAAUGUAGUGCACUUCCAGAAUAUGUUAAAAAAUAUAUUUAAUGACUUACAUUUAGGUAUAAAACAAACAGCAUGUCACCAUACACGUCCUACGCGUUUCGUCCUGAAAUUGGACUUCCUCAGGGACUUGGUGUAAUAAAGUGCAAUCAGAAAUAGCAGCAAUAAUAACAAUAUCCCCCCCACAGUCCUUUAUAUACACCCCCAUUUAAUCUUUAAGUUCUUUCAGCUGGUAUUCGAUUUUCUUUUCGGCGGUAUGAGACCGAGUGACGUCAUCGCGUGCGCCGCGUGCGUUCCACCUUGCGUUCCACAGACCCGGAAGUGGGUCGCGUGCGUUCCACCUUGCGUUCCGCACACCCGGAAGUAGGUCGCGAUCGUCUGUUGCUUUCUCCUAUUCUAAUGCAUUAGCUCAGAGAAUAUAUAGGCAGGUGGAUAAAACGGAGAGGGGAGGGACAAGCAAUUAAAAGAAUAUACUCUGGAUGGCACUACAAACCAAAAUAAAAAAUGUACAUUCUCCAUAUAAUCUAUAGUUAUGGAUACAUGUGUAUAUACAUAUAUAUAUCCCAUUUUCAUUGGGUACAAGUUUUAUAAGACAUUUUUUCACAUAUUUGCCACACACAUUUCCUUCUUAUGAUUUAUAUGGAAAUAGCAUCUUAUUUCAUAGAAUGCAUGAGUAAUAAUAUAAUAGUCUAACAUUUUUAAAUGAUUAUAAAAUAUAUAACAAACCAUAUACAUACAUAUAUGAUAUAUAGACAUUAAUAUGAGUAAUAUAACCUAUUUUUUUAUUGCACUCUUUAUCCCAUUCUUAAAGAUAAAUAAAGUAAAUUUAUAACUCAAAACAAAAAUAAAUGAGUAUAAUAAAAACUAAUAAUAAUAAAAAAUAUAUAAAAUAAGUAAUAAUAAAAAAUAAUUAAUAAUUAAUAAUAAAAAAUAAUAAAAUAAAAAAUAAAUAAAAAUAAAUAAGAAUAAAUAAAAAUAAAAAUAAAUAUAAAAAAUAUAAAAAAAUAAAAAUAAAAAUGAAAAUAAAAAUGAAAAUAAAAAUGAAAAUGAAAAUGAAAAUGAAAAUGAAAAUGAAAAUAAAUAUAAAUAAAAAUAGAAAUAAAAAUAAAAAUAAAAAUAAAAGUAGGGAUGAAAAAUAAAAAUAAAAAUAAAAAUGAAAAUAUACAUCAGGAUGUAAAUUGGGUAGUUCUCUCAAUCUUCAAAGAAACUCCAUAAAUCGAUGUCUAAAUUUAAACCAAAAGGUUGGAGUGUUUUUAGUUUGUUGAUCCAAAAAAUCUCUCUUUGAGAGAGCUUUUUGGUUAAAUUUCCUCCUCUCCAAUGUGGGUCCACAUGUUCUAUGCCCAAAAAAGUAAAACUUUGCCAAUCAAAUUUAUUGCAAGUAUUGCAAUGUAAUGGCACUAUAUGUUUAACUGAUUUUUUUCUUAUAUUAUUUUGAUGUUCUAAAAUUCUCUCUUUUAACUUUCUACAUGUUCUCCCCACAUACUGUUUCCCACAUGGGCAUUGUAACAUGUAUACCACGUUUCUCGUAUUGCAAUUUAUAUUAGAUUUGAUUUUGAAUUUCUCCUUUGUAGUGAAACUCAUAAAUUCUUUUUUUUGAACAAAUUUUUUAUUUUUACAAGCCUUGCAAGAAUUGCAAGGGUUGAAACCACUGAUGUUUGGGGUCACACCCUUAUAUGGAAUUUUUAAAGCGUAACUUGGUGCUAAUACAUUUUUUAGAUUUUUUGUUCUCCUGAAAAUGAUUGGUAUUUUUUUUUGGUAAUACUUUGCCCAAAAUAGGAUCCUGACAUAAAAUGUUCCAGUGUUUAUUAAGAACCUUUUUUAUUUUCCAGUGUUGGAUGUUAUACUGAGUCAUAAAAGAAAAAUUAUAAUUAUCCUUAGAAUGUUUUUUGGGGUUAGAUGUUAUUAGGUCUCUUCUGUUUCUUUUUCCUAUUUCUUUAAUUUCUUUGUCUAACAAUGUUGUUUCAUAUUUCUUUGCCACAAAUUUAUUUUUUAAAAGUUCAGCCUGUUCUCUAUAGUCCGAGUCCUUCGUACAAUUUCUUCUCACUCGUAUUAGUUGGCUUUUUGGUAUGGUUUCCAACCACUUAUCUUUGUGGCAACUUUUUCUAUGGAUGAAGCUGUUACCCUCUGUUUUUUUGAAAAAACAUUUGGAUUGGAUCUGAUUAUUUUCAAUGGAGAGGCUUAGAUCAAGAAAAUUGAUAGUGGUGGUGUUUAUUUCAUGUGUAAAUUUUAAACCAUAAUCAUUUUGAUGAAUGUAAUCAAUAAAUGAUAACAAAUCUUCAUGUGUACCUCGCCAGAUCAGAAUUAUAUCGUCAAUAAAACGUUUCCAUAGGACCAGGUUCGCUACCCAGCCAUGCCCACCCCACACAUGUUUGGACUCCCAAUCCCGCAUGUAUAUGUUUGCAUAGCUGGGGGCGAACCUGGUCCCCAUGGCUGUACCUGUAGUUUGAAGAUAAAAUGAAUCAUCAAAAUAAAAAUAAUUAUGUUUGAGGAUAUAAUGGAUACUAUUUAAGAUAAAAUUCCUGAAGUUUAAUGAUAUACUUUCAUCUUUCUCCAUAAUCUGUUCCACUGCUGCUAAACCUUUGUUGUGUUUUAUUAUUGUGUAUAAUGACGUAACGUCUAUGGUUGCCCAGAUAUAGUUAGAUUCCCAAGUUACACCCUCCAAAAUUCUUAAAAUGUGUGCAGUGUCUUUCAAAUAAGAAGAUGCUUCUUGUGCAUAUUUUUGGAGAUGGUGGUCCACAAAUUCAGAUAAGUGGGCGGAUACAGAGUUAAUGCCACUGAUUAUUGGCCUACCUGGGGGGGUUAUUGGAUUUUUAUGUAACUUAGGGAGAAAGUAAAAAAUAGGUAUUAUUGGAAAAUUAUUAAAAAGAUAUUCUUUAUUGUUUUUAGAAAUUAUAUCAUUUUUAUAGGCUUGAUUUAAUAGGGAUCCCAAAAUGAUGUUGAAUUUUUUAGUUGGAUCUCCUGUAAGUUUAAUAUAAGUUUCUAUAUCUCCCAAAAUUCUAUACGCCUCCUUCAUAUAAUAUUCUUUUGUCAUAAUGACUAUCGCUCCUCCUUUAUCGGCUUCCUUUAUUACUAUGGUGUCCAUCUUUUGUAAUUUAGUUAUACUUUCUGAUUCUUCUUUACUCAUAUUAUAUUUAUUUUCUCCUAACUUUUUUUCUUUUUCCAAUUUUUCUAAAUCAUGGCACACCAUAUUGUUGAAAGUUUCUAAAAAAAGGGCCUCUAUCCCCUACUGGAUAGAACUGUGAUUUCUUUUUAAAUUGUUUUUGUUCUAAGGUGGUGUGAUCUAUGUUUUUGGGGGAUAUAUUUUCUUCUAUCUCUCUUUUUAAGAAAAACCUUUUUAAUGUCAUUUUACGAAUGUAUUUCUGGACAUCAAUAUAUGUAUUAAAAAAAUUCAUUUUUUGAUUCGGGGCAAAUUUUAAACCCUUACUUAAGGCUUUUAAAUCGAUAUGGCUCAACUCUAUAUCUGUUAAAUUGUAGAUUCCAUAUUGUUUCUCUAAUAUCUUUGUCUCAGGGAGUCCUCUCUCCUUGGAUUCUCCUCUAUUCUUUUUCUUUUGGGGGGAGUUGCGUGAAUAUCUAGUAUGGUUUCCUGGUGAUUGUGACGUGGUUUGAAAAAUUGGGUUAUUCUCCCAUCUCUGUGAUGGGGCCCUCCCUCUAAAAAAAGAUUUUCUCUUUCUUCUGGAUGUUCCAGGCUAGUUUUUGUUGCUUGAGCAUACGAUCUCCUAGGGGGGGAGUCACAUCGAUUUGGGGAAAUCAGUUCUCUCCUACCUUUCGGUUGGAAAGAAUUUUGGGUUUGUGCGGUAUUAUUUGAAGUAAAUGUUUUUCGUCUCGUGAUAAGUGGACUUUGUGUGUGGUUAUUAGAAUAUCUUCUAUUUUUAACAGGUGAAUUUCGUGUGUGAUUAAUUGAAAAAUUUCUUGCUUGCAUAGGUGAAGUGUUUCUUUUAUAGAUAUCAGAUUUUCUAAAAAAAGUGUUCCUGUUUGGCCCCUCAAAGUUCCUAUUGUUUCUAUCAAAAUUUCGUUUUUGUUUAUUUUUGAUUUUAUUACUAGUGGAGAAAGUAUUAAAAGUUUUAUCUCUUCUAUCUCUCUUCAUUUUAUUAUUUUUAGUCUCCGCAAUCCUUUCCUCUAAGUUCUUAAUUGUAUUGCAAAUUUCUUGUUCUUUUUCUUUAUAUUUAUUAGAUUCUAUAUUUUGACUUCCUUCAGAUUCUAAGAUUUUUAGAUCUAUCUCUAUUUGUUCUCUUUCUUGUUUUUUCAAUAUUAAUUUCAUAAGAUUUUGUGAACAUGUGUCUAGAAUUGAAUCCCAUUUUUUUAGGAAUUCUUCAUUAUCUACACCACAUGCUGGAAUCUUUUCCACUCUUAAUCCUCUAGGGAUUAAUACCUCUUUAAGAUAACCUUCCAAAUAGGACAAUUCCCACCAUUUUUUUGUUUCUUUUACCAUUAAACGUUCCAAUUUAGUAAAAUAAUAGUUGUCAGAAUCUCUUAAAGGGAUAUUAUCUGUAUUUUGUGAGAACAUUUUUUCAAAUCUUACGUUUCUACCUCUUUGUAUAUUUGAAAAUGAGUGAGUUGCCAUAAUAGGUGUGUCACAAAAGUGAGGAUUAAAAUAUACAAAGAAAACAACAAUAUAUGUGAACACAACCCCAGUGAAAAUAAUAAAAUAUAGGAGCAAACCAAAACUUCCCUUAUCUUAAGGUGAAGUAUCCAGAUGAAUCCCCGAAGACUUCCUCUUGUCUUCAAUAGAUAUACACAGAAAAAUAGGGGACAAUCUGCUAAAUACAAAUAAAAAACAUAGCAUAUAACUGUGUGGAGACUGUUAUUGAUGUGUGAUCACAAAUGGUCACUCACAAUUUUGAAGAUUUAAGAUAGCCUUGAAUGAUGUCUUUAUGGAGUUAGAGCAGCUUUAAAUGGUGUUAUUCAAUAUCCAGUAUGUUGUCUCUCCUCACAUAUUCAUCAUGCGAAAUAGAUAUGUGUGUCUCAAAAAGAGAAAAUGUACAAAAAUGUAGUGCACUUCCAGAAUAUUCCAUAUUCCAUAUUCUGGAAGUGCACUACAUUUUUGUACAUUUUCUCUUUUUGAGACACACAUAUCUAUUUCGCUGAUGAAUAUGUGAGGAGAGACAACAUACUGGAUAUUGAAUAACACCAUUUAAAGCUGCUCUAACUCCAUAAAGACAUCAUUCAAGGCUAUCUUAAAUCUUCAAAAUUGUGAGUGACCAUUUGUGAUCACACAUCAAUACCAAUUUAGCUGCUUUAUCCAGUCUGCAGACUAAGGCAUCUAUAUCAUUCAAAGCUAAAGCUUUUGAAUGAGACGGUUUUCUCAAAGUUAUGCAUGUUCCUUAAUGAGAUUUGAAUGGCUGUUCAAACUGUGGAACUUGAAGUUCACAAUGGAUAAGAUUGGAUCAGCAAAGAAUAUUAUGUAUAUAUAGUGGAUACAUUUUGCCACUGUAUGUGGUGGUAGUCACCAUCUCAGGAACCAUAUAAACUCUGCCCUUCUCUCUGGCAGCUAUUUUAGUAACUGCUGGCCUCCACAGUCUUGCAGGAUCCCCCAUAGACCUCAAUGCUGUACCUUUGCCCAUUCAUGAGAGUACAGCAGUGACGUCAGCACCAAGGAGGACCAUGCCGGACCAAGAUGGCGGAGACCUUGAGGUACAGGUUCAGGUUAGUAAACUCACUUUUACCUCGGCAGCGAUGUAACCGAUGGGGGACGAAUUUGAAGUUCUCAAACGGUGACAGUUCUGCUUUAAAAGUUAAUUGCUAUGCAAGCCUGGAGGGUCCAUGACACACUUGCCAGGGGUGAAUUUCUAUUAGCUAGAGUCUUUUUAAAAAUUUUAUAUUUAACUGUAAAUUAUAUUCUACAGGAGCUACGGUGAAACCUGUUGUUUCCUUCUCACCAAACGUUGGAAAGAUCUUUAUAAAAGAUGCUAUAAAACUAUAUUGUAAGGUGGAUUCCACAAAUCGACAAUCCUGGAGUUACUCCUGGUAUAAAGACAAUCAUUAUAUAAACAACAUUCACAGCUUUGUUAUUACUAUUAAUUCUGCUCGUUCAGAACACAGCGGAGAUUAUUCGUGCAAGUUUGCUGAUAGUGAUAUGAGUGAUUCUCUCCGACUAGAAGUGAGUGAUGGUGAGUUAACGAGAUUAACUGAGAACAUUUGGUAAACGAUGCUGUCUGUCAUUGAUCCUGAUGUCUUCUAAUGUGUGACAACAUUUUUUUUAUGUGCCAUCCACAUGCUGCAACUCAUUGAAUGGGGAAGAAAUGGUUUAUUAAUUAAUACGCAAUUAUCUAAUAUAUAAAAAUAAUCACAGCCCUCUAUUCCCAGCCAAUAAAAAUAAAAAACGAUAGUCACUGUACACAGACCCUACAUUAUUGCCACGAGUGAGUAUAGUGUUCCUUUAAAUGUAAUUUAACAGAAUGUAACAGAAUACAAAAGCAGGGCAUUGUUUACAGUAUUUGUCCAGGUUUCACACAAGUGCCUCUAAAUUAUUCUGAAUCGGAUUUGGACUUCAGCCAGAUCAGAAGGUUGAAUUCCAGAUCCAAAAAUAAGAGUCUGGGCUCAGAAUGCUAAAAUCCAGACUUUAAAAAAAAAAAUCUGAACAAUUUGCUUGCUAGUAGUAGUAGCAGCCAGUAGUUAAAAGCCCUCUGCUAUGUGAGGGUUACGUUAUGUGGUAAGUGGCCAGUGCUUACUAACCAGCCCCCACAGUAAAAAUACUGUGUGACCCCCUCCUCCCCCAUCUAACAUAGGGAGAUUAAAUACCUUCCUUAUAUUUCCGCCUGCAGCAUGGCGAGGCGAGUGCGGUUACUCACUUUUACCAACAGCAGCUUUGCUGCCUAUUUGCUAAAAAGGCCCCAUCACAUGAUGGGAUUAAUGGGAGGGAUCUGGCACAAGUCCCUACAUGCCCCCACAUUAGGGUGGGAACUAAGUUUUUAUAAUGGUGGUGGACAUGUCAUUGGGACUCAAUAGCAAUAUAUAGGAGGAGAUGCCAAUAUCCCCCCGUGCCCCCAUAAAUAGACUGUAUGUGGUACCUUUAUAAUGACAUUGAGGAGACAUAGCUGUGUCCCUCUAUCCCCCACUAAUGAGCAAUGGAUGAGGACUAGAAAAUACACAGAAUGGGAUUAUUUCUCUCACGUGCCUGUUAAUCUGCUGGAUGCAGCCUCAAUUUUCUCUGAAUGCACAGCCAGUGGCAGGAUGAGAGUAUCAGCUGAUGCCUAUUAUCGUCUUCCCAGCUAAACCUUCCUCAUAAUGUAGAGCCAGAGAGGAAAGAAGCUGGGGGGCAGCUGUGAAGGUCAAAUGACAGCCGGACACUCCUGACUCCGUAAUAACGUAAAUGAGCUGAAGUUCUUAUAGGCAUAAGAGUGUUCCUUUUAAAAUAAUGACGGCAAAGAAAUUAUGAAAACAUAUAUAAUAAAAAACCAAUAAUAACAAAGUGCGGAGAGGAAAAGAAAGGGAAAAGGGAAGAUGGGAGAUCAACUACCGGGGUGCGACUACUAGCAGAACCAAACUCGAGACAUAGGUAAGGACCUUAAUCUCUCAGCUAAUAUAUUUUUCCCAUAUACCCCAUGUUUUGUGAAACAGGGUUAAACUGACUCAGACAUUCAAUGUCAGCUGUUUUCUGUAACUUGGUUAUCUCUCACCUUUAAAGUAAUAUUUCCUUUAUCUGCUACAUGGAAAUAAAACCCACGGUCUCCUGUGUGAUUUGCUGACGUUUCUGUUUUAGGUUAUGUCAUCCUGCAAUCACCUGCCACCCCUGUGUAUGAAGGAGACAACCUGACCUUGAGAUGUCGUCACAGGGAGGGAACGCCUAAAACAACCACAUUUUACAAGGGCGGCAACAACAUUUUAUCAUUCCAAACUGAUUAUUUAAAUCUUGAAAGUGUGGAUAAAACUGCUACCGGUAUAUACAGCUGUAAAAAAUAUAUAGAGUUUACAUUUUCUAAAAAAACCUAUGAAGACUCAACAUAUAUCACCAUUAGAGGUAAAUACUAACAUGUUGCUUGUGUUUCAUUGUGUAUUCUAUGACUGACUCUGUCAUGGUUUUUCACUAAACACCAGACUUUGUCCGGAUGGAUGAAAUCUGGUGAAAAUUACCGAAUUCAGACUACAAUGGCAAUUCUCAUAUUUACUAAAGACAAAUACAGCUGGAAUUUGGUCAGCCUGGGAGAAUCUGCAGCAAUCAUCCUGAUGCAUUUGGUGUCCGAAUUAAAAUCAGUGCUUUCGCAUCUGAGCCCUUGCAAGAUCCAGGAUUUGGUAGAUUCAUAAAGCACUUGUUUUAGUAAAAUUUGGGACUGAAUGCAUCCAGUAGAAUGAAAAAAAAAAUGAAAAAAAAUGUAAAAACACUUAGUGAAAAUAUAAAUAAAUGUUACUUUCCCUGAAAUAUAACAAUCUCCAGGAAUCUUCUAAAUACCAUACAACUGGGGAGAUACAAAAAACAACCCAAAACAUAUCAUAGGGCAAUAUGUCUAAAUAUAAACUCUAAAUGCCACCAUAAAUGCACUCACAGUGUGAAAACAUUUAAAGGCAUAUCACCAAAUUUCUUCGCAAACAAUUUUCGUGCAAUGUCUUCUGGAUAUAUAGAUGAUGAAGGCAGCACUUUUUAUGAACGGAUGGCAGUAUAAUCAAACACGGUCUUCUGGUCUAUAAACCAAACGCGCGUGUAAAGCAUCACAAUAGUGAUAUGUUGCUUACAAAUGGAAAAAUAUCUAUUAUGAUGCACUUAGAAAUAAAUAUAAAUCUAAGCGUAUAUAGGACUCUCAGCUGACACAGUCUCAAUCCCCCUGCCACUCCUCAUGAUGAGCAACAGAAGUGUAGUGAAGGGGAGAGAUCCGAUCCACAGGCAUAAUUCUCAGUACAAUCCCAGAGAUAAAAGCAAAUAAAACGUUGUUUUAUUGUAGUAUUAGUCUACUGAUAGUCUUAUAUAUGCUUAGUUUUAUAUCUGUUUGUAAGUGCAAUGUAAUACAUAGUUUUUCAUUCAUCCACUGUACUUCACUCUUCCACUUAGAAUAUCUAUUUAAACAUAUUAUCCACAUGAUAUGUUUUGCUGUUGUUUUUUAGAAUCUCCCCUGUUGUAUGAUAUCAAGUAGAAUGCGCAUUUGCAAAUUAUCAUUCACUUGCUUUCAUGUUAGCAAACAAUUUUAAGGGAAGCUCUUGUAGGACAAAUGGUUAGUCCUUUUUAGAUGUGGUAGAGAGUCUCAUAGACGUAGGAGGAGAACAAAAAAGAAAAAAGAAUGGGGUAGUAUGUUCAACAUAAUAUAUUCUGAAAGAAAAUAAGUAGAUAUACACUCACAUUUUAUGGAACCUAAUAAUGGCUCCUAAUAUAUAGUGUGGAGUGGUCUGACCCUCACUCUGGGAUAUAUGUGGGUGGUGCAGGUCCUCUCCGUAUUAAAUAAGGAACGAGAGACUAUAUCAAUAUAGUCCACAUCAUUGAGUAAGGGUAUAAAAACAGAUAAAAACUUAGUUACAGGAAAAUUAGCAAUUAUAGUUUGCUCAAUCUUAGCUGCUUAGGUAUAUAUCCCCACCAAGGAUAUGGAAUUCAGGAGGUAAGCAUCAGUAUUGGAAGGUCCAGGAUAAAAAGAGUACGUUAUUGGAAAUAAAACAAUAAAAUAAUAAAAUAAUGCUGACAGAAACAAAGACACAUUGAACCUUGGAAUGUGAUGGCAGAUAAGAACCAUUCGUCCCAUCUAGUCUGCCCAAUUCUUUAGAUACGUUCAUUAGUCCUUGGCCAGCUAAAGUGAUAGAGGUUGAUACAGUGAGGAAGUUUAAGCAUGCGUGGGAUAUAAGAUAAGACCAGGGACUAAUGAAAGUAUUUAGAAAAUGUUACAGACUAGAUGGGCCGAAUGGUUCUUAUCUGCCGUCCCAUUCUAUGUUUCUAUAAAAGCAAUAUCUGUAGCACACUAAUGAGUCUCCCCUUACGAUAGGCUUUAUUAAAGUGUUGAUAAAUGAUAAAGCCUAUCAAAAGGUGAAAUGCAUUAGUGUACUACAGAUAUUGCUUUUAUUGUUUUGCUAUAUUUUGGACUCUAUAUGGUCUUUUGGUACUUGGACUUUACGUAUUAGUUUUUUUAUUGAUUUAUUCAAUUUAGAUUUAUCUAGACUUACUCACUUUAUCUACAGCAUUUUAUUUAGUACUUCCAUGUAUUAUUUCACAUAUCAAAUACUUAUUAAAUAAUUUUUUUCCUUCUUAAUCAUUUUAUUUAUCUGAUUUUAUCUAUUUCAUUUUAUACCCUUGCUACUAUUUAUUAUUUUAUUAUUUUUCCUCUUUUAUUCUCUAAAUGAUAGCUCCUGGAUACUACACUUCUAGUAGUUUUUACAUUGAUUUUAACCCUGCCCCCUCUUUCAUGGUUAUGCACUAAAGUGAGAAUUUAAAGAGAAUUUCAAAUUAUGGUGGAUUUUUCCAGUUCGGCUAUUUUAACCGUAAAUUUGACAGUCAUUUUGAAUUCUCACUUUCGUGAAUAACGAAAGUUAUUGUGUUUGCAGUCCUGUGUUACCUUUUGACAUGGCUGAGCUUAUCAAACUUGUAAAUUUCAGGUUAAUUUCUUCCAUUUCUCUCCGUAGAGGUCCUGUGUAUUAAGCCCGACCACUCUAAGCCUCGGUUACAUACCGCUGUCCUUUCUUCUCUCUGUUUUAGUACUGGUCUGUACUUUGCAAGUAUGUGUUCUAGGUUCUCCUGACACUAGAUUAAUCUUUACGUUUCUUUAUUGUUUUUUCUAGAUCUAUUCUCUGACCCUGAAAUAAAACCAAGUCAAUCGAAUCAGCUGAUAAAAGAUUCUGCCAUGACCCUGACAUGUGACACAAGACUUGACCCACCCAAGGCAGAUACACAACUACAGUUUAUCUUCUACAAAAAUGAGCAGAAAUUGCAGGAAUUUGGUAAAUCCAAUCAAUACCAAGUUAACUCAGUUCAGCCACAUCAUUCCGGGGAUUAUACCUGUAAAGUGAGAACUGCAACUGGCAACGUCGAGAAAAUUAGCAGAGAAAUUCAUAUUGAGAUAGAAAGUAAGCAAAGUGUUAAGUUACAAAGAGUAGUUACAAAGUAUUAGACUAUAUAAUACACAGUAUAUUGCUGAAAUGAAUGUUGUUAAACAAAUGCGUUAAGUAAAAGAUUGUUAUAACCAUAUAUUGUGAGACGUACAUUACACAUAUAGUAUAUGUACUACCAUCCAAGUCUGAAAUAUAACACUUAGCUAUACUUGACGUCUUAAUGAACCAUUAAAUCCUUGUAGUUUGGAUUCUGCUUCCUCCUCCAGAGCUGCAUCAAUCUAUGUCCUGCUAUUAAAUAGUGCUCAUGGCAGCAUUUGAUUGAAGGAGUGCGGCAUCUUGUUGUCUAUCUGUAUCUCCAAUGCAAUGCUUCUCUUUGUGAAGCAUUGUAUUUGAUGACAUGGCGGAAGAUGUCAGCAGGUAUCCUGGUGUCUUUGGAUGCACAGUGGGUGGCUUUAGCAGAGGAGUCUCAGCACUGGAAAUGGGGUAAGUAAUUAUCUUUGUUUUUUCAAAGCAAAGUGAGAUGGACAAUUGUCUCAAUGAUAGAAAUGGAACCUACAGUCCAGGAAAAAACUAUUGUUAUUUUGUGGAUUAUACAUUCCCUUUAAUAAUAAUUAUAACAAAGGUAAAAUAGUUAAUAUUGGAAAGAAAAUAAAUAUUUUAGAUAGUGGUAACAGAGCUAUCUAUACUCCAGGCAAGAUGGGCAGUUUAUAGACAGUAAAGAUAUGGAUCUAAGAAUACAUGCCAGACAGCCUGCCAAUCAAGCAGGCCAGGCCACUAAGAGCGGACAAGAACUAUUUCAGUGCUCUCUGCGCCCUUGUGCACUGAGUGUAGACCUUGUGUCCUGAGUGUAUAUACACAUUUUGACGACAAUUCCCUGGUGUCCCGAAAAGUCGGGAUGUCAGGACAUCCCUGAAGUUUCUGCUGAAAUCAGGACUGCUGGGAGGACUGGAGUUCCCAGUGCAAUUAUCCAAACAGGGAGAUGUUUUGUAAAAAGGAGAGGCAUGUUUUAAAAAAACCAAAAAAAAAACCUGGUUUGAACAUAAAGAAAAACAUAGCAUGAUUGUAGGACCAAAGUCUAUCAAAUGUGCCUGAAGGAACAUUAUAGGAACCCAGACUACUUCAUCUCAAUAGAGACCAUGUGAUUGGCGCUGUACAGUGUUUUUCUGCGCAUAUGCACUUACAUCCCAUCACUUUCCUUGGCUUGGCUAAGAUAUUAGAGCUUGAUGAUCUCAGCCAAAGAGGUGGAGCAGCAUACUGGAGACCAGCACUGCAUGGCAGAAAAGGUAUGUAAACUCACCUUUUUAACCCUAGCACUGAGGGUUCGAUCACCUAAGAGGUAACUAGAGCAACAUAGCAUUACAAAUAUACAUGUGUACUUCCUAACGCUCUACUGUUGUAUUGGUGCUCAAAAUGUACCUUUAAGAAAAAAGCUUAAAAUAAAGAAGUGCAAAAACACAACUGAAUUGAUAAUGAAAUAAAAUAUUUUGAUAACAGUUUUCCUUAAUGAUUUGUUGUCACCCAGAGUGUCCUUUAAUACCAAGCCCUUUGCAUUACAUUCAUACAUCAGACUCCACCAAUACAUAGUAUAUUCCUUCACAGGUCUUCCCCCAGCUAAUGUGAUGGUGAGCCUAAAGCCACCCAAAGAUAUGAUCAUGGAAGGAGAGAGGCUGGACGUGACUUGCUCUGUAGAUAUAGGGUCGGAAACAACUGAAUUCUCCUGGUGUAAGCAAGAUGCGGAAAGUUGUGAUGGGAAACAAAGGUCUAAUUCACAACAGGUCCAAUUUACUGUGGAUCCUGUGUUGGAAAGCUACGGUGGAAUGUAUUACUGCUUAUUGAUUUCUAACAAAUUUCAGACAUCGAUCCGAAGUGAAUCUGUGAGGAUAUCUGUGAAUGGUAAGAGUAAAAAUCACAGUCACCUUUAUAGUUACAGAUCAUAGAAAAGUCCUUAUUUUCAAUCACUAGAACCUGGUGGAAAAACAAAUUCUACUAAUCAAACAAUUGCAUCGAUUACGAAUCAAAUUCUGGGAUGAGGUUGGGAUGCCUGAAAAUGUGCUGUUAAGUUGGAAACAAGGCUGCCAUCAGAUGUUUAGUUGCACACAGUGUCUGUGUAAGGAUUUUUGCCAUCCUAGGCAAAGAUCCAUUUUACCAUCCCUUUAUAAGUGUAACACUAGACUCUAUUUGUACGUUAUUUACAAAGGUGAGUUUAAGAUUUUAAAUAGUCAAAUUGGAAACAUGACCCAUGUCAGUUCUAAGAUCUAAAAUUCACUUCGAAUUCACAACAAUUUGCUGUUUCACGAAUAACUAUGUUUCUGUCUCCUACCAAAUCUGUUUAUUCUUUCAGCCCUAUUCUAAACUCUGCUACUUAUCUUCGGAGGAGUCAAUGCAAUCCUGAGAUAGUGGUCUGUAGUGGUUAUGGUGCUUGGAGUGGUCCUUUAACUACAUCCUGCUUUUCUUGUUAGAGACAUAUUCAAAUAUUCAAAAUGUUUGGUGAGAUGAUUUUUUAGAAUGCGGAGUUAUGACUAAGGGGGCAGGUUUUAGCCACUUGACCCAUAUGAACAUGUUAACAUAUCAAAAUAGUUCUGCAUUCUCUUUAAUUUUAUUUCAGUUCUUUUUGACAAUUAAUUAGUCAACUUGCUUAUUCAUACCGAUAUUGCUUUUCUAACAGUGCCUGUGACUGAUGCACAAAUUCGUGCCGACAGAGACAUUCUGGAGAUGGAGACUGGCAACAAUGUGACAUUUACCUGCUCAGUGGAGCGAGGGACUUCUCCUUCCUUCCAAUGGAAACAUAACGAGGUGCAGGUGAAUAAUGUAUCUGGAUUGUACCAGAUCCAAGACUCUGGAAAAAUAUUAUAUAUAGACAAUGUCCAGGUUCAGCAUGGAGGAACAUACCAGUGUUGGGCCAGCAACCAAUUCUCAACCAACAUUUCCUUCACUGUCAAGAGCAACAUCCUGACCAUCACGGUCUCAG